CUUUCUCGCGCUGACAAACACGACCAAGUUGACGGCCACCGCCACCUUCCACUCGCCACACUCACCAUACCUACUACACCUACAGAACCAUGAGCGCAUCCUCCUCCUCUACCACAAGCCAGCCCACGCGCAUGCGUGCGUUCAAUGUGACUGUAACUGCUGAGCGUGAACCCCAGCGACACAAGGGCCUCGAGCAAACCCUCACGGACAAGGCGACCAUGCCGGCCGGGAACAAGGACGAGGGCCACGACGUUGAGUCACCAGAGGUGUUCAAAGUCACGCUCACCUUCAACUUCCGUCCUGAACAACACACGAGUUCUACAGCACUUACAGUGCCGUUCCCGGCAUCCAUGGCCGUGCCAGGCACCCCCCAUGGCGACCGCUGCCUACCACCCCAAGCCUAUCUUUGGCAACCCACUGCCUCUUGUUUCAUAUGGCAAGGGCCGGUUCAGGCAGUUUGACCUUCGACUCAAGCGUCAUGGCGGCAAGGGCACUACAACGGACAGGAUCGCCCUGACUCACGCCUUCAACAUGACGUUACUGUCGUUCGUUUUGUCUCGCGUGAGCGCCCUCAUUGAUCGCCUGAACCUCUACAACAUGUAUAUGACGUACGCCGGUGGUGAUGAAGGUAGACUGAUAUGGCGAGCGGGCGACGGCUGGCGGCUGAUGAUUGGCGAGGCAGGGUCAGCAGAGGGGGCUGGGUCGGGCUGGUUGACUUGAGAUUGCUGUUGUUUGGAGGAUGGGCGGUAUGGCAUGUGAUGGUUGAGGGGUGUGGGUGUCGGGGUCGGGGAUGAGGAUGGAGGUGAGAUAGAGUGGGGAGAGGAGGAGGAGGAGGAGGAAGAGGAAGCCGAGUGCGCGAUGGGAUGAUGGUUGGCUUGGCCAUGGCAUGGGGGUGGGAGUUGUGGCUGGGAUGGAAGUG